AACCAUUUUCGGGCUUAAUGCGCCGCGCCGCUGGGUUCCUAAUGGGCUGCCAUUACGGGAUUAGUUGCCAAGAAGUAACCACGAGCCUAGCCCGUCUUAUCAAGCCUUUACCAUUGUAAACCCAGCCCACGACCACGAGCAAAAUGCUUUGCUUGUUUAUCUUCAUCUUCCUCCUCAGUCCCUCACCCGGCACGAAUUUCUCUCUCUCCCAGCAAUGGCGGGCUGGCCGCCGCCGCCCUAGGCGUGCUAGCCUACUGUAUGGUGCAGAAUAUAGGUGGCAGGGCUCCUUUGCUGGCUUCGGGCGACGCCCAGUAUUUGCUCCGCGCCUGCUCCUGCUCCUGCUCCAGCCAGGUCUGCCCAUCAGCCCUCAUCAAACCCGGCUCCUACCCCGUCCCGCGGGGGCCUGGCUGCCUUCACCACCGAAGCCGAAGCGGUAGCCGCGCCUCCUAGGAUCCGCCACCUGCUAGCGGUGAAAGAGACCCGGCGGUCCGAGCUCCUCGCCACCGCCAGCACGUCGUGUCGGGCGUGAACCUGCGCCGACAACCGGGUGGAUAACAGCAGGGUGACAUGCUGACCCCGUGCGAUUGCUUUCUCCAUGUCCCCGCCCAUCCACGGCCGAGUCUUAAAGCUCCGGCGCCCUGGAGAGACAAUGUUCUCAGCUUCCAGAUAAACACAGUCUCUGCGCCAGAUAGGACUGUUGAAAUUUGCCCAGAUUUGGUAGUUCCAUGCACGGUUUCCAAACGGGCUGUCAGAGGGAGGAAGAAGAAAGGCAACUGGGUCCAUUACGGUGGGUUGCUUCCGGCAAUGCUGGAGACACUAGAGGAUGUUCGGGAUGUUGGGGAAGCGCUCUGGGCGUGGAAGGACACCCUGAGCAACAGGGAGAAGACUAUCAUCCUCAAGGAGCAGAAAGAUUGGCGACGGGCAGUCGAAAUCUUUGACUGGUUUCGCAGGGAGCAAGGCCAUGAGCUUAAUGUGAUUCACUACAAUGUCGUGCUCAAUACAGUUGGGAAGGCAAGGAGGUGGGACCUCGUUCUUAGGCUGUGGUAUGAGAUGCAUUCCUUUGGCGUGGCUCCGGACAACUCAACAUAUGGUACGCUGAUCAAUGUCUGUUGUCAAGGCGGAAGAGAAUGGACGGCUUUGCUUUGGCUUGGGGACAUGUGCAAGCGUGGUCUGAUGCCUGAUGAGGUCACUAUGAGUAUUGUGAUGCAGGCACAUAAGAAGGCUGGAGAGUAUGAAACAGCUGAGAUUUUCUUUGAAAGGUGGUCCUCAGAUUCAAUCAGAAGGAUGGAGGGACGUUCUCACUACAACCUAUAUACUUACAACACCUUGAUUGAUACUUAUGGAAAGGCUGGUCAUCUUGAGAAAGUAUCAGAUACAUUCAACCAAAUGUUGAGCGAAGGUGUUGCACCAAGCGUUGUUACAUUUAACUCAAUGAUUCAUGCUUGGGGUAAGCACCACCGAAUGGAGAAAGUUGCUUCUUUGGUUCGAAUGAUGGAGGAAUUCCAGUGCUUUCCUGACACCAGGACUUACAAUAUACUGAUCGCACUUUACAGAGAAAGCGAUGAUAUUGAUAUUGCAGAGUACUACUACUGGAAGAUGAAAACAGAAAACUUGGUACCAGAUGUUGUGAGCUGCCGCACGCUCUUAUAUGGAUACUCUAUCAGGGGCAUGGUCACUAAAGCGGAAGCCCUUCUGAAGGAAAUGGAUGAGAGGGGCUUCAUGGUAGAUGAAUACACACAAUCAGCUUUGACAAGGAUGUAUGUAAAUGUUGGGAUGCUUGAACAAGCUUGGCGUUGGUUUGACAGGUUCCACCACCAUAUGAAUUCUGAAUGCUUUUCUGCAAAUAUUGAUGCUUUUGGAGAGAAAGGAUACAUAGUUCUUGCAGAGAAGGCUUUUGUAUGUUGCCUAAAGAAGAAGAUGAUCAGUGUUUCUGCAUGCAAUGUUAUGAUCAAAGCAUAUGGGUUGGUAGGGAUGCUUGAUGAGGCAUGCGAGAUAGCUAAUGGCAUGGAGAGGUAUGACAUUUUGCCUGAUUAUGUGACAUACACUUCUCUCAUUCAACUUCUGUCAACUGCUAAACUGCCAAAGAAGGCUAUUUACUACUUAGAAAAAAUGAAAGUUGUGAAAUUGCUGUCAGAUUGUAUCCCAUACUCUGUGGUAAUUAGUAGCUUUGCUAAGAAUGGUGAUCUACGAAUGUCCGAAUACCUAUUUAGAGAAAUGAUCAUGUCAGGGGUCCGUCCUGAUAUUUUUGUCUACUCUAUCUUAAUUGAUGCAUACGCUGAAGUUGGAAAUGUCCAACAAGCUUCAGCAUAUUUUGGUUUAAUGAAAAAGGAUGGUUUAUAUGAGAAUGUUACAAUCUACAAUUCUUUGAUAAAGCUCUACACAAAAGUAGGGUAUGUGCCAGAGGCCCGAGGAGCAUAUAAGUUACUCAAAUCAUUGGAUACCAAUGCCAUCCUUUAUGCAUCUAAUUGCAUGAUUGAUCUCUAUAGUGAUCAUUGUAUGGUGAAGGAAGCAUGUGAGGUUUUUGACAGUUUGAAAGUUAGGGGAAUUGCCAAUGAAUUCUCACAUGCAAUGAUGGUGUGUAUGUACAAGAAAGUUGGUCGCUAUGAUGUGGCUCACAGGGUUUGCAAGGAAAUGCAAGCUUUAGGACUUCUAACUCAGUUACUAAGCUACAAUUCUGUAAUCCAAAUGUAUGUGUCUGGUGGAAGAACGGAGGAGGCUCUUAAAAUAUUCAAGAAGAUGUUGGCAUCGAACACACCACCAAAUGAUGCAACAUUCCAGGCACUAAAGGUUAUUCUAGUAAGAAGUGGAGUCACAAAGAAUGAGACAAGAAAGUUAGAAUUGUUAAGAAGAAAUAACAGUCAUGAUUGCUUGCAUCAGUGGUACAGGGCAAUAUCUUCAGCUGUAAGAUCAAAUGCAAAUUCUUUUCAAACAUAAUGGUGCCUGGAAUGUUUGAAAAGAAACAUAAUGGCACCACCAUUCCAGGCACUACAGGGUUAUUGAUCGAUCUGCUACAAGGGCACAUCCUUUUGACAUUAAUAAUUGUAGGAGUAGAAAAGGAAGUACACAAAAGCAAGUAACUUCCUAACUGAUAAUGGUUGAAACUUAGAUGUAGAUACACUUUAAUGAUGUUCCAUCUACUGAACUGUACACAGAAUGGGGUGAACCAUCUUUGAGAAAAAGAAUGUUGACAGUUGAUUGGCUGUCUGGCUGAUGCACGGUGAAUUCAUAGGAAUCAUUUUCACAUGGGUGUGGAUCCUGCUGAAAUCUUCUGCAGGUGAAUUUUGUUACUUUCGCAAUCCAUGCUUCUACUAAAAAUUGAACUGCUUUAUCUGACCUCAACAAAAGAUUCAGUACUGAUAUCUCCAACUUUGCAUUAUCUUUUUUAGUUCUGCCUGUUGUGGAUUUAUUUAAUUUUUGCAUUACAUCUUACUUGCCGGCAUAAAUUUUCUAUGAUGACAACCACCUUUUUGCAGUCCCUUAUUCUAUUAUUGGCAAUUUCUUCCUGAAAAAUAUGCAGUACGGAAUUGCUAAACAUUAGUUGGCUUAUCAACUUUGUAAUUCCAGUC